AUGAACAAAAUACAACUUGAAGUGAACAGCAUUAAUUUAGCAACCGCCUCUGAAGAAAUUCUCACCUCUACUAUUUUCUUUUAUAGUGGGUACGGGACUUUAAGUUCUGUAUUAGGCUAUUCAAUCGUUGCAAUCGAUAUACCAAAAUGUCGUAUAAUUGAGCAACUAAGUGUGUUUCUAACCAACAAAGUUAUAUACGCGAACUUAAAGAAUCGCCUUAGCCAGUUUGUCAAAAAGCAUUGUUUAACUUCAAAUUGUUAUAUCAUCAACUUUACUUAUGUCACAAAUGAGACUACAACAAGUGCCUUUAUUGAGCAAAGUCUCUCUAAAUUACCAAACCAGCCAAUACUCGUCACUCAACAGAAAUUCGCAAUAUUUGUUGAAAACAAGAACAGAAAUUUAGUGCACCCAUUACAAGCAAUUUACAACUCGAAAAUAACAAAAGCCGUUAUUGAUACAAAUGACGUUGCAAAAUCACUUAUCAUUUCCACAUCCAUAUUUUUCGAAUCUCUUUUUAAAUUAAAAGUCGUACCAAAAGCCCUCAUCGUACCAAAUACGAUUAAUGCAGUGCCUGCCGUUGUUCUUCCAGACACUGCGGUAUUACUUAUACCAACUUACACAAAAGAGGACUCGAGUGUUACUUAUGCGGUCUUAAAAGUUGUUAAUAAAGAACUUAUCAUUCUUAGAUUCCCAACAGAAGAUGUCACUGGUUUUAAUUACUUAAACGACGCCAAACAACUCGGUGCAACACACAUCUUUACAUAUAAACGGAAAAAUAACAAAAAGGCAAUUGAAGUUGCGAAUAACAAUGAAUGGAUUCAAUUAAUAAAUAAGAAGUCAAUAGAUAACACAAUGUUUAAUAUGGGUGGUGUAGUCUUUGAUUAUAAUAAACGAAUUGAGGAAUUAAUUACUGAAAUGGAAAUUCCUGAAACAUUUCACGACGUGACAAAAGCACUUCUUUAUCUUGUCUUAAUUUUCCAACUUACUAUAUUCACUGACCAGCAAGCCGACUAUCAAAUUUCUCAAAACGAAAUUUUGAUCAAAAACUGGGCUAAUCAAUUAAAACAAUCCAAAAAAACUCUCAGCACUAACUACACAUUACAAGCAAUCUGCCAAAUUUGCUCUGACAGACUUAACCCAGUGAUAGCACUUGCAA